AAAAAGAAAGAAUCUUCCCUUCCGGUGGAGGGUUUAUCGCCGGCGAGCGAAUACCGAAGAUCCUACUCUUAUUUAUUACGUUCAGAUUUAGAGUUCGAUUUCUUUAUGUGGAGCUAUGUCUUGAAAGAGAUUGAAGCAAUAGGUCGGUUUGCGGAGGGCGGGGAGAUAGGAAGGCUAGGAUUGUAGUUUCUGAAAAACUGCAGCCCUAGCUCUUGCUUUUGGGAGGAUUGUGCUUCGGAAAUUGCAAUGACCACUGGUUGGGGGCUUGUGCAUCGAUGGGCGACUCCACUGUUGGCAUUACGAUCGUCCAGUGGCCAUUUCCGCCCUGUUCUGCACUCUGCUAGGGCAUUAAUAUUGACCCGGACUGUUUACGGUACCAAAAAGGCGCUGAAAUCUGUGGCGAAUACGGACACGGUAACUGCUACUGAUGACAAUUACGGGCGUAAGGAAGUCAUUAGUGUUAAUCCCCGGCUGUAUGACUAUUUAUUGGAUAAUGUUAGAGAGCCAAAGAUAUUGCGUGAGCUCAGGGAGGAGACUGCCAGCAUGCGUGGUAGUCAAAUGCAGGUUUCUCCAGAUCAAGCGCAGCUUCUUGUUAUGAUUGUUGAGAUUCUAGGAGCAGAAAAGUGUAUUGAAGUUGGUGUAUACACAGGGUACUCAUCUCUUGCAGUUGCUUUGGUACUGCCUGAAGGAGGCCAACUGGUCGCAUGCGAGAGAGACCCCAGAUCACUAGAAGUUGCAAAAAGGUAUUAUGGCCGUGCCGGUGUUUCAAAUAAGGUGAAUGUGAAACUUGGGCUUGCAGUUGAUACCCUGAAAUCUAUGAUUCAGAAUGGAGAAAGUGAGAGCUAUGAUUUUGCUUUCGUAGAUGCUGAGAAGAAAAUGUACCAGGAUUAUUUCGAACUGCUGCUACAACUGGUGAGAGUUGGAGGUGUCAUAGUAAUGGACAAUGUUCUCUGGCACGGAAGAGUUGCCGAUCCGCUGGUGAAUGACUCCAAGACUCUCAGCAUCAGAAACUUCAAUCGUAAAUUGAUGGACGACGAACGUGUAUCGAUUAGCAUGAUUCCCGUGGGAGACGGCAUGACAAUCUGCCGCAAAAGGUAGCCAUCAAAGAUGACGACAGAGCCUGCAACUACACUUCAUUACAAUACACUCACAAGCAAGCCAUGAAACAAGUGUUCAAAUGGGUCGAUCUUCUUGACAGUGUCAAAUCCACCACUAGUUGGCCAUAACCCAUUCUGUUGGAUUGAAAAGGUUCGUUGAUUCAAAUUGAAAAAGGCUUGCGUUGCUCUGAUCUGCUGAUUUUUCAUAAACGAAGUAUAGAGGCACAAGUUGAGUGAUUUCUCCCCUUUCGCUAAGGUGAAGUCAAAACGUUAUCGAC